CCCUGUGCGUUCCACAGUACCUUCCGCUCUCUGCGUUCCAGGGCCGUCUCACUUCCGCCCUGUGCGUUCCAGAGCCGUCCCACUUCCGCCAUGUGCGUUCCACCAGACUUCCGGUAUUUUCAUUUAACCUCAUCAGAUCAUUUAUCUCCGCCACCCGCGUUGUUGUUUAUGCCUGUCCUUCUGCGGCAGCCGCGUUUUGGACGCUCCGCAGGAGACUGGCGGCAGAGUAUGGAAGAAAACAUCUGCUGACCCUGUGUUAGAAUUUCUGACCAGCAAGCAGAAGAUCCUGGCACUCGCCAACAAGAUCAUUCAGCUACUGACUGGAGAGGUUCCUAUAAGGUGUGAGGAUGUCACUGUCUAUUUCUCCAUGGAGGAGUGGGAGUAUAUAGAGGAACACAGGGGUCUGUACAAGGACGUGAUGAUGGAGAAUCACCGGCCCCUCACAUCACUGGAUGGGGCCAGUAACAGGAAUACCCCAGAGAGAUGUCCCCAUCCUCUGUAUUCCCAGGACCAUACAGAGGAGAAUCACAAUAUCCCACAGGAGGGUCAGGAUGAAGCCCUGGUUCAUAUUAAGAUAGAGUUUAUAAAAGAGGAGUAGGAGACGUUUGUGAGGGGUGAUCAGCUGUGUAAGGAGGAGGAAAUCCCUACAGCGAUCAGCACAGCAAAUGGACACAAAAGCAGGACUACCUCAGAGGGACAUCUCACUUUUUCGCCAGCUUUUCAAGUAGAAGAUAACAAGUGCAAACAAGAGUCUCCAGCAGGAAACCCCAUUAACUUAAGUUUACAACCGGUACAUCACAGGGCAGAUCUGUCAUCUGAUUCCUCAAAUCAGAAGGAGUAUUCUGAUAAAUCAGAUAUUGUUAAACUUAGUACAGGUUAUACAUGUGAUGCAAGCUUUCCCUUUUCUGAUUGUGGUAAAUGUGUUAUACAUCAUUCAGACUUUGACUUUCAGGUAAAUCACACAGAUGAGAAACCUUUUAUAUGCUCUGAGUGUGGGAAAUGUUUUACGUGGAAAACAGAUCUGGUUAAACAUCACAGGACUCACACAAAUGAGAAGCCGUUUCGGUGUUCUGAGUGUGGGAAAUGUUUUACUCAGAAAGCAGGUGUUGUUAUGCAUCAGAGAAUACACACAAAUGUUAAGCUGUUUACAUGCUCUGAGUGUGGGAAAUGUUUCACAAAGAAAUCACAGUUAAUUUACCAUCGGAGCAACACAAAGAUGUUAAACCAUUUUCAUGUACUGAAUGUGGGAAAUGUUUUAAAAACAAAUCAAAACUUAUCAGGCAUCACAGAACUCACACAGGGGAGAAACCAUUUGCAUGUUCAGAGUGCGGAAAAUGUUUUGCACGAAAAUCAAGUGUUACUAGACACCUGAGUCGUCACAGUGUUACUAAACACCUGCGUCGCAGAGAAGAGAAAACAUGUUCUGAGUGUGGCAGAUUGUUUACUAACAAAUCGACACUUACCAAACAUCUCAGAACUCACACGGGGGAGAAGCCGUUUCCAUGUUCAGAGUGUGGGAAAUGUUUUUCUCGAAAAGCAGGUCUUGUUAAGCAUCAGAGAAUACACACGGGUGAGAAGCCAUUUGCAUGCUCUGAGUGUGGGAAAUAUUUUUCAAGUAAAUCAUCACUUACUGUACAUCAGAGAAUUCACACUGGUGUGAAGCCGUUUGCAUGCUCUGAAUGUGGGAAAUGUUUCACAGAUGCAUCAGGUUUUGUUAGACAUCAGAGAAUUCACACUGGUGUGAAGCCGUUUACAUGCUCUGAGUGUGAGAAAUGUUUCACAGAUUUAUCUGCUUUUGUUAGACAUCAGAAAACUCACACGGGAGAGAAACCGUUUCCAUAUCUGGAGUGUGGGAAAUGUUUUGCAGAUGCAAAAGGUCUUGUUAAACAUCAGAGAACUCACACAGGGGAGAAACCUUUUUCAUGUUCUGAGUGUGGAAAAUGUUUUCAAGAUAGAUCAAGUCUUAAUUCACACAAGACAACUCACACAAAGGAGAAACCUUUUCCAUGUUCUGAGUGUGGGAGAUGUUUUAGACAGAAGACAGAACGUAGUAGACAUCAGAGAACUCACACGGGUGAGAAACCAUUUCCUUGUUCGGAGUGUGGGAAAUGUUUUACCCGAAAAUAUUAUCUUGUUAUACAUCAGACCAUUCACACAGGUGUGAAACGGUUUGUAUGUUGUGAAUGUGGAAAAGGUUUUUCAUGGAAAUCAAAUCUUAUUGCCCAUCAGAAAAAAACACACGCCACAAGCAAUUUCCAUGAGCUGAUCGGCAUAAAACAGGGUUGCAACAACACUUAAAGCCAUUCAUAAAUGAAAAUGAUAAAAUGAUGCAUAAAUACAUUUACAAAAUGUAUGCGCCAAUAUAUAUACAUCAAUGACUUAUGGUGAACGAGUAAAAGCUCCAGUUAAACAUAUUAACAUGUCAUAAUUAAAUUACCACCCAUAACGAGGUGGAAUGUUUGUCAUCAAUGUAAGUUUAACAGAUUGUGUGCAGAACUUACUGCAUGUCACUUUCCACAGUAAUAAGAAGACCAUGGGCUAGAUUUACUAACCACAGAUUUUACAAGACAACGAUUCUCUCCGGGUUUGACCGCGAAACAGACCUGGGUUUUGCAUUUACUAUUAUUGGUGUUUUACAUUUCGUGUGUCAAAACUGCCUACUUAGCAGGCAGCGUGCAAAGCCACAGCUUAAUAACUGUAGCCCCAUGUUGUUGCUAAAUAGAAUAUUGGGCAGGGGUGCAAAAAUGUUGCUCAAUUGACAAUGUGGGUGUAGUCGAGGUACACUAAUGCACCUUGUGUUGUGUUGGCACGUCAACCUUAAGAUUUUGUUUUCAUAGGCAAAAUUAUGAAAUGAAAAGGGUGGAGAGUAUUUAGCAAGGCCUUCCUGGUUUACCAUGUAAUUGCUGUUACGGCAAUGGUCAAGUCUUAUUGCCUAUUGUAAUCUGAUGGCUUUUCUCCUUUCAAGUGCACUUAAUACAGGAAAACAUAUUAAUACAUACAUCAAUCCAAAAAACAAAUAAUAAAAAUAUCCUGAAAAAAAAUAGGUUUUUGUUUUACUCAAGUCUUGCUGGCUAACUACCUCAUGGUUUAAAAUAUAAAUGGGGAUUUAAUUUAUUUAUUUUGUGAAUGGUGGAUUUAAAGUAGAAAUCGGAUUUGUGUUAGGAUAGCAGGUACUAUUUUGGUGUAUAGUUUUUCUUUUUUCCGUCUUGGCUCGCAUAUUUACAGUCGAUUAAUAAAAGCGGAAAUGGAUGUACGUUUAUAUAUGUGUUCGGCCAAUAAUUGGGCGUGUUUUGUGUAUAGUGAAAUGCUCUGUGCGGGUGCAUUGUGUUCCACUGGAAAAUUACCUCCGGUAAUAGUCUACAUUUCUAUCAGGUUUUCUCUGAUAGAAAUGUUCCUGAUAAAAGGAUUCCUUAUCUCCGAAAAUCAGUCACAGCUUCGACCCCCUAGAUAGUCAGUCUGUGUCUGUGUGUGUGUGUGUGUGUGUGUGUGUGUGUGUGUGUCUCUCUUUCUCUUUCUUUCUCUCUCUCCCCCCCCUCCUCUCUUUGGACCUGAUGUAGAAAUUCUAACUUUAUUUAAAACAUGAAUGACCACACGUUCAAUGAGCAUCUCCACAGUUGAAGUCAACACCGUAUAUUUUACAACACUCUGCAUUGAUUCAACCUUGUACUAUUCCUGUGACUCCAUGAUGGUUCUUCUAAUCGUUAGUUUAACACGCCAGGGGCAGCCAUUUUGUGGGCGAGAAUGAGUUGCCACUCUUUCUGUCCAUGAAAAACUACACUUUUGGUCUGUGGUUUAUAUUACCUCAUACUGUAUAUUGUGUAUUUCAGUCUGCACAGUGACUAGUGUAAUCUUUUAGGUUCGGUUUUUUAUUUUAUUUUCUACAUCUUUUUCUUUGUAAGUAGAUGAAAUUAAAGUACAGUACUGAACUAAAAGUACAGUACAUACAUGCUUGUGGUC